AUGGCGUUAGACAGAUUGGAUUUGACGGUUGUCAUUGUGUUGGCAGUUGCCGUUACUGCUUAUUUCCUCAAAGGCCAAUUCUUUUCUAAACCUGAGUCUAGCGGGUUUUUAAACACUGAUACUGCUGGGGGCAAUUCGCGUGACAUAUUGGCAACAUUGUCCAAAAACAACAAAAACACCCUUCUCUUAUUUGGUUCGCAAACGGGUACUGCAGAAGAUUACUGCAACAAGUUGUCUCGUGAAUUGAGUGCUAGAUUUGGUUUAAGAACUAUGGUUGCCGAUUUUGCUGACUACGAUUGGGAUAAUUUUGGUGAUAUUAAAGAAGAGACUUUGGUGUUUUUCAUUAUGGCCACUUAUGGAGAAGGAGAGCCUACUGAUAAUGCAAUUGAGUUUGUUGAUUUCUUGGAUAAUGAAGCUGAUACAUUGAGUACUUUGAGAUACACUGUCUUUGGAUUGGGUAAUUCCACUUAUGAGUUUUACAAUGCCAUUGGUAGAAAAAUUGAUCAGAAGUUGGAGGAGAAGGGUGGGGAGAGAUUUGCUGAAUAUGGUGAAGGUGACGAUGGUCAAGGUACUAUGGAUGAAGAUUUCCUUGCUUGGAAAGAUGGUGUCUUUGAUUCAUUGAGAAAUAAUUUAGAUCUUGAAGAAAAAGAGUUGAAGUAUGAACCAAGUUUGAAAUUGCAGAUUAGAGAUGAUUUGACUACUGAUGAUGUUUCAGUUUCAUUGGGUGAACCAGACAAGUCGUAUGUCAAUACUAAAGCUGGCACUGACUUGACCAAGGGCCCAUUUGAUCAUUCUCAUCCUUAUUUGGCACCAAUUACCAAGAUCAAAGAGUUAUUUUUCACAAAGGAAAGAUCGUGUGUUCAUGUUGAAUUUGAUCUUUCCAACUCCAAUUUGAAGUAUACUACUGGUGAUCAUUUAGCAGUUUGGCCCUCAAAUGCCAAUGAGAAUGUUGAACUUUUUUUAAAGACUUUUGAUUUGACUAAAAAGCGUGAUACUGUAUUUGAUUUAAAGGCACUUGAUUCAACUUAUCAAAUCCCAUUUCCAACUCCAAUUACUUAUGAAGCGGUUAUUAGACAUCAUUUAGAAAUUAGUGGACCUGUUUCAAGACAAUUUUUCCUUUCUAUUGCUGCAUUUGCACCAAAUGAAGAGACAAAGACUAAAUUGACCACUGUUGCCAAUGAUAAACAGAAAUAUGCUGAAGAAAUUACUCAUAAAAAGUUUAAUAUUGCUGACGGAUUAUUGUAUCUUUCACAAGGGGAGCCAUGGACCAAAGUUCCAUUUGAGUUUUUGAUUGAAAAUGUUCAACAUUUGACACCUCGUUAUUAUUCCAUUUCAUCUUCGUCAUUGAGUGAAAAGACCCAUAUUGAUAUUACUGCAGUUGUUGAAUCUGAAACUGAACUGGAUGGAAGAGUUGUUACUGGUGUAGUUACCAAUUUGCUCAAGGAUAUUGAAAUCAACAAGAAUUCGUCCUCAGAUAAACCAGUUGUUAGUUAUGAUUUGAAAGGGCCAAGAAACAAGUUUCAUAAUUUCAAAUUGCCAGUGCAUGUUAGAAGAUCGACUUUCAAGUUACCCAGUAGUUCCAAAACCCCCAUAAUUUUGGUUGGACCAGGAACGGGGGUUGCACCAUUGAGAGGGUUUGUUAGAGAACGCGUGCAACAGUUGAAGAAUGGAGUAAAUGUUGGGCCAAGUUUGUUAUUUUAUGGAUGCAGAAAUGAGAAUGAGGAUUACUUGUAUCGUGAUGAAUGGCCGCAAUAUGCCAAGGAGUUGGGUGAAUCAUUUGAAUUGAUUACUGCAUUUUCCAGAGCCAAUCCAAAUAAAAAAGUGUAUGUUCAAGAUAAGAUAUUGGAGCAAGCCAGCAAGGUUAACCAGUUGUUGCAAGAUGGGGCUAUAAUAUAUGUAUGUGGAGAUGCUAGUCAUAUGGCUAGAGACGUGCAAGCGUCAUUUGCCAAGGUGUUGAGCCAGGAGAGAGGAAUUGAGUUGGAAAAGGCUGCAGAGUUGAUUAGAAGUUUGAAGGUGCAGAAUAGAUACCAAGAAGAUGUUUGGUAA